AGUUGGUUGAUAACUGCAGGGGCGGACGCUCGUCUGUUUAGUAAAGUGAAGUGAAAAGUGAAGUGAUAAGUGAAGUGGUAGUGACGUGAUGUGUGAUCGUGGUGAAUAAGCGGGCUCUUUGCCCGUUAUCCAAUAUCGAUGGAGGGGCAGCGAUGUUUCUGCAUCGUUGUGUUUCUCGUCCACACUGCAAUAGGAGCUGGAGAAGGUUCAACCAAUCAGCCAUCAACGGAGCACGUCGACUCCAAUGAGCUAACAGUUUCCUUUCCACCUUUGGAAGAUCUCUACACCAGCACUUUGGAAAAGCACUUCGCUACUGAGAACAACACUGUGGUCACUUCCCAGACGGGGUCUACUGCCCUCCUGCCGUGCGUCAUCAGGAAUAUUGGAGAUGGCAUCGUGUCAUGGAUACGGAGAAAAGACUACCACUUGCUGACAGUUGGUUUGACCACAUACAGUUCAGAUCAACGAUUUCAAGCAAUACAUUUACAACAUUCAGAGGAUUGGACACUGAAGGUUCGGUUCGUGCAAAGUCGCGAUGCAGGUAUAUACGAGUGCCAAGUUUCUUCGCAUCCGCCUACCAGCAUAUUUCUACACUUGGAUGUAGUAGAGGCCCGCGCUCAAAUAUCUGGCCCAACUGAGAAGUACCUCAAGCCUGGUUCAACUUUAAGGCUUCAGUGCUCCGUUGUGCAAACUACAGAAGCACCAGCCUUUGUGUUCUGGUACCACAACAGUAGAAUGAUAAACUACGACGCAGAACGGGGCAUCAACGUCACGACAGAUACAGAGCAGCGGCUGUCAGAUCUUCUCAUUCCAGCUGCAAGUGUGUCACACGCGGGCAACUACACCUGCGUGCCCAAUAAUGCGGUUCCCGCUAGCAUAUAUGUCCACAUAUUUAAUGGCGAAAAUCCAGCGGCCAUGCAGUCCUCCUCACCGAGUUACAUCCAUCUAAGCAUAUUGCACAGUUUGUACACAACAGUAGUCCUAUACGCUAUCCGGUGACAAUUGUGUUAAGCCACAUCCUACCAUAUUACCCAGUCAUAAAGCCUCAUUUCCCGAGACAAACUUUGGACCGGCGUAUUCCUUUUGUAACCAGUGAUUUGUAACUCUGAAUGCGAUGCUAAUUUGAAAAAUGGAACAGCUAAAAUGAGGAUUUUAAAGAGUCGUUUGAAAUAAAAUUCUUUUCUCAGUUUUCACAGAAUACUGUUAAUUUAAAGAUGUAAUGAAAAGACGCUGUAUUAUAAAUUAAUGUAGAGUAACUACACGUGUGACAUACAUUGAAUUUGUAAGGGGCAUAAGAGAUUUAUAUUAAAACUUACAUUUUUCUUUACUCGUGCAUAUAACAUACUAAUUAGGAACACGUUUCUAAAUAGGUGAUGCAUGCGUUGGAUAAUUCUGGUUACUUAGUUGCUUUUAAACAUUUAUGCUACUUUAUUACGUAGACCAACACAAUGCUAAGUGAUAUAUAUAUGUAUAUAGAUUUAGUUGAACUUCAUAUUUAUCACUUCUAAUCGAAUUCAAUAAAUUUUAUGUGCCAUUUUUUGUUGAUCUACUUGAAUGAUCUUUGGUUUCACUUCACGUCCGUGUGUCAAACUAAACACAUUUUUGACAUAUGGAAGCACUCUUAGUGUCAACUUAUAUCACCUUCGUUACGUACACGUGUUGGAAACAUUUGAGAGUUCUUUCUAGUUAUUUUUAUAAAGCGAAGCUAGACACUUCUCUAGAUUAUUCAUACGAGAAUAUUCAGUGUGAAUAUAAAUGUUAAUAUCCUAUUCAUAGCAUGACAAACCCAUAAAUAUACGACCCUUGUUAUAAACAAUGUGAUUUUAUUAUAAUCAUAAUAUCUACGCAGAAAUUUGCUAUUAAACCCUUCCGCGUUUAUUGACUGAGAGCCAAGGGAUAUUUUGAUAGGAAUACAAACAAACAUUCAGUUUUAGUCUGAUGUAGUCGUAAUUUUUCUUAAUAGUAUCUACGUAGAACAAUACCGCUACAAUAUUUUCGGUUUGCAUUAAAUUUCUGUAUUUGUUUUUUGUGUAAUUGCAAUGUAUGCCCGACACACUGUCGACACACACACUCAUUGUCGACUUUUAAGUCUAAAGCACGCCGGUUGCAGAUAUAGACAAAAGCAUCCGUGAUUCGAAUGCACGAAGAGAGACUGUUUUCGUUUAAAUACCUAAAGUAUAUAAUGUGUUACCAUAGUAAUACUCUAUGGUUACAUACAUUAUUAUGUAAAAAUAUUGUUCUUCUUUUAUAAAUAAAUAAUUUGUUUUCUCAAAAACUAACGUAAAACUUUAAACCUACUUAGCAUAUGCCUUACUGAAAUUUAUAAGCUUUUGAAUCCUAAUUAACCAUUAAAAUUAUGUCUAUUUCAGACUAUUAAUGAACUAAAUGUCAUUCUAAUGAACGAGCAAUUAAAAGGAAUUAUAAUAUCUGUCCCAAUUAGUUUCAAACAACGAAAUUCGGAUUACGCUCAGUUCUAAAUAUUAAUUAGAAUCAAGUUGAGCAAUCGUUAUUUUGAAUAUGGCACAGGAAUAUCAGGUAUGCAUACUAGACUAAUCCAAACUAGCAGAAUGUAUUCUGGGUCUGGCGUUUCUGUUCAUUUACUGUACUACAAAAGAAUUACAAAAAUAUACGCGCUAGAAAACCUACAGAUCGUUGUAAUAACGAAUAUUCUCAGGCAUUGAACUUGGCUAUAGAAGUCUAGUAUCUAUAAAAUAGUAUAGUAGUAGUAAUAAGUAACCAUACCAGUUCGCUUCUUUCCCACAAAUUCAAUGAUUCUGAAUUAGAAACACCUUUGCCUACCUCUUAUUUUUGCGCUCUAGAAAUCACUAAAACAAUCCUAUUAUCGUUCAUUCAUUCGUUCAAAGCCACAACAAUCGAGUUCCAAGAACAAACCACAUUAAACUCCUGCUAGAACUUGAAUUUCUAUUUGAAAUAUUACACUAAUCACUAUUUAGGUAAAUUUGAAAAUAGAACUUUUUAACGUAGGCUAAACAACUUUUAAGCCGACUUAGCCUUUCCGACAAUGGAAUGGCUCAGGUGCAAUUAACAUUUCGGGUUUUUGACAUAUGUAUUAGACUGUAUAAUUGUACCUCACAUAUUAUUUGAGAGGACCUUUAUACUCACCAAAAAACACAAAUUUAAUUAGAACCGCUCCAACUGGGAAUGGAAUUUUUCUCAAUUAUUUGAUUUGGCUCUGUCAAAUUAAGCUAUGAUAUGUUUUGUAAAAUACAUCGGUUAAAGAUCAUAUAUGACUGACGAAAUUACUGAACCACCCCGAGAAAGAUACUUUUUUCCUUUCUAGUAUACAACAUAUCCAAAGUUUGUCUUCGGAAUUUGUUCCAUAUAAUGUAUUAGAUAAUAUAAGUUGGCUACUUUUAGUAUUGCCAUCCCUUUUAUACUUAGGGAGACGUUGCGCAGACGACCAAAUACAACUUGUGACUCACGGCUACACAUAUAGUUUUAAUAUGUACAUACAAAAGUUCUCUGUGUGCGUCAUGUCGCAGUUAGCUUUAAAGUAACCUCAAAGUUUUUUUUUUGAAAUAAUAUUUCUACAUAUUAAUUUCUAUAAAGGAUAAAGAAUAUUAAAUAAUGGCAA